CUAAUUUAAACAAAACAAGAAAAAAAGAUUAUCAAACAUUUGAUAUUUAUAAUACUUUAGACGACUUGAAGACAUCAACACUUUAAUUACAUAGUUUAUGGAAUUUUUUCUUCUUUGUUGUAAUAAAUAAUUAUUUUUAAAAUUUGGAAUAGUUGAAUGCCUCUGUCUCUACUUCUGGAGUCUCUGGACCCAACCCAUCAUUCCAGAAAUGACCGGCGAAAGUCAAGAACCUCUCUGAGCUCUCUACUCACUACUCUCUCUCACCUCUUUCUUUCUUUCUCUCUCUAUCUGCGUGUAGGUUACAAGACAAUUGACACCAAGACUAAAGCUGUGUUGUUUGGUUCAGUUCUGUUCUCUUUUCCAAUGUUGUCAUCAGCAAAGCAUCAGAGGAACCUUAGAGUCUCUGCUACAAACAAGAACAAGGCUUCUUCCAUUUCACCCUCAUCACCGUCGUCUUCAUCAUCAUCAUCAACCUCAUCAUCAUCUCCUUUACCCUCACAAGACUCUCAAGGCCAGAAGAGAUCUCUAAUCACCAUGGAAGAAGUUUGGAAAGACAUCAACCUUGCUUCCAUCCACCACAUCAACCGCCACAGCCAACAUCCACAACACAACCAUGAGCCACGCUUCAGGAGCCACAACCACCAGAACCAAAACCCUAACUCGAUCUUCCAAGAUUUCCUCAACGGACCUUUGAACCAGGAACCAGCACCCACAAGCCUGGCCAUGGGUUCUGCUUCUAAUGGAAAUUCCACCACUGUCACUGCUCUCUGCAGCUCUCCUUUCCCACCUCCUGCAACUGUUCUGAGCUUGAAUUCCGGCGCUGGCUUCGAGUUUCUCGAUAAUCAAGAUCCUCUUGUUGUUACCCCAAACUCUAAUCUUCAUAGUCACCAUAACCUCUCAAACAUUCCUUCCUUCAACACCCCUUUCGAGGCUCUGGUUACAUCCACUUGUUUUGGUAAGAAAAGAGGCCAAGAGUCCAAUGAAGGUACAGGGAAUAGAAGACAUAAGCGUAUGAUCAAGAACAGAGAAUCUGCGGCUCGUUCCCGAGCUAGGAAACAGGCUUAUACAAACGAGUUAGAACUUGAAGUUGCUCACCUGCAGGCAGAAAAUGCAAGACUCAAGAGACAACAAGAUCAGUUAAGAAUGGCUGCAGCAAAUCAGCAACCCAAAAAGAACACACUACAACGGUCUUCCACAGCUCCAUUUUGAGAAAUGUACAAGUCCUUAUUUCUCUUUUGGGGAUUGAGCUUAUGAAGAAAUGAAAAAAUGGAAAUGUUUGUACCUUCUUUUUGUUAGCUAGAAGUAUAACUAAGCUAAAUUUGUAGAACCAAGGUAUUGUAGGGGAAAGAAAGAUGAUGUAAAAAACAACCCUGAAAGAGAAAAGGAUCUUUCAGUUUCCUAAGGCACAGGAACAUCGGUCCUGGGGGCCUCUCUUCAUGUUCUGUCGUUUUUAUGCAACCCCUUUUGAGUUUAUUUUUUCACUUCUGUACUAACCUCUACUUGUAUUCUUGUAGUAAUGUUCUACUUGCUAUUCUAAUACUAGUAAGAUAAAAA